AUGGUAAAUUUAGCAAAUGAAACAGGGAGAAAAACAAAGCCGGAAUUUCUCCCUAUUAUCGAUCCCAUUGAAAACAGCCACAACACAGGAGAGGGGGGACAGCAGCAAUCAGACACUAUAAAAGCAAGAAAGCUGAAGAAGGCCAGCAAGAGGCUGACCUGCCACAAGCGCUACAAGAUCCAGAAGAAGAUCAGAGAACACCACCGAAAAGUCAGGAAGGAGGCCAAAAAACGUGGACACAAAAAGCCUAAGAAAGAUCCCGGUGUUCCCAGUGCCGCACCAUUUAAGGCAGAGCUUCUACGGGAAGCAGAGCAAAGAAAGCAGAAGCUUGAAGAACUAAAACAAAAACAGAAGCUUAACAGACAGAAAGAACAUGAAAAGAAGAGGAAGCUUGAAGCUAAAAAGAAUGCAGCCAAAAUCAAGGAAAAAACAGAGGGAAAAGUAGGUGAAUCCUCUGGCAAAUCUAAAGCAAAGACUAACAAACUGCUGGAUAAAAAUUCAAAGAAAUCAUUUUGCAGGGAGCUUAAGAAGGUGAUUGAUGCCUCAGACGUGGUUCUAGAGGUUUUGGAUGCAAGAGAUCCAAUGGGCUGCCGGUGUCCUCAACUGGAGCAAGCUGUAACUUGCUCUGGAGGAGACAAAAAGCUACUGUUGGUUCUGAACAAAAUUGAUUUAGUGCCAAAGGAAAACUUGCAGAAAUGGUUGAAUUAUUUGAAGAAAGAGUUUCCAACAGUUGCUUUUAAAUCGGCAACGCUGAUGAAGGACAGGACUAUGUUCACAAAAAGACGUGCACGUGUUGAUUUAUCAAGCACCACUGAGCGUUUUGGAAGCAAAUGCCUUUUGAAACUUCUUCAAGACUAUGGCAGGACUCAAAACAAAACCAUUCAGGUUGGGGUAGUAGGGUUCCCUAAUGUGGGAAAGAGCAGCAUAAUCAACAGUCUUAAAGGAGUUCGUGCUUGCAAUGUUGGCCUAACAAGAGGUGUUACCAAGUCCAUGCAAAUUGUGCACAUUGAUAAACAGACAAAGAUGUUGGACAGUCCAAGUAUAAUUGCAGAUCCUUCCAACAGUGCCCUGGCUCUGGCCUUGAGAAGUAUCAUAGACACCGAAGAACCAGGCUCAGCAGCUAUGCUUGAAGGAGUAGAUGCCAUUCUAAAUCACUGUAGUAAACAGCAGGUAGUGAUGCACUAUAGCAUCCCAGAUUUCAGGAACACUGAGGAGUUUUUAACUUUGCUUGCUCAGAAGAGGGGUAUGCUGAAAAAGGGAGGUGUUCCUGACAUAGAGAAUAUAGCUAAAACACUACUUUGUGACUGGACAGGAGCUAAAGUAAGGUACUACUCACAACCUCCAGGAUCUCCGAGACCGCCACCGUAUCUUACAGAAGAUAAAAUAGCUAAAAUGCAGGAGUGCUUUAAUUUAAAGAACCUAGAAGAAGAAAACAACAACACUGUUCAAGCUUUAAAAUACCCCAGUCCAGCAAGCAGCAUAAUUUUCCAGUCAGCUGGUAUGACAGAUGGGACAAUAGAGGAAAACAAAGUGAUAGAGGAUGCAUCAGAGUGGGAAAACUUGGAAACAAGCAAGGAGGGGGAGGAAGAAGAGGAGGAUUUCACAGAAAGUGAUGAUGAUGAUCAUGAUGAAGACGAUAUGGAGGUAGAAAUGGAUGUCAAAGAGGAAAGCAAAGUUCAGGUCACCAGGAAAGCAAAGCUUGGAAAACGACAAACAAGUCCUGGAAAUUCAGAAAAGCAGAUACCAGAAAGCGAACAUUCCAAUUCACUAUCACUCAGCUUGGAUAAGACAGCAGAUGAAGAUGAUGCCUAUGAUUUUAAUACAGACUAUGUGUAA